GCGGCGCCUAGAGGGAAAGCGAGAGGGAGACGGACGUUGAGAGAACGAGAAGGAAGGAGAGAAAAUGGCGUCCACGGAUUACAGUACAUACAGCCAAGCUGCAGCCCAGCAGGGCUACAGUGCAUACACCGCCCAACCCACUCAAGGAUAUGCACAGACCACCCAGGCAUAUGGGCAGCAAAGUUAUGGAACCUAUGGACAGCCCACUGAUGUCAGCUAUACCCAAGCUCAGACCACUGCUACCUAUGGGCAGACCGCCUAUGCAACUUCUUAUGGACAGCCUCCUGCUGGUUAUACUACUCCAACUGCCCCCCAGGCAUACAGCCAGCCUGUCCAGGGUUAUGGCACUGGUGCUUACGAUACCACCACUGCUACGGUCACUACCACCCAGGCCUCCUAUGCAGCUCAGUCUGCUUAUGGCACUCAACCUGCUUACCCAGCCUAUGGGCAGCAGCCGGCAGCCACCGCACCUGCAAGACCGCAGGAUGGUAACAAACCCGCUGAGACUAGUCAACCUCAAUCUAGCACAGGGGGUUACAACCAGCCCAGCCUAGGAUAUGGACAGAGUAACUACAGUUAUCCCCAGGUACCUGGGAGCUACCCCAUGCAGCCAGUCACGGCACCACCAUCUUAUCCUCCUACCAGCUACUCCUCUACACAGCCGACUAGUUAUGAUCAGAGCAGUUACUCUCAGCAGAACACCUAUGGGCAGCCGAGCAGCUAUGGACAGCAGAGUAGCUAUGGUCAACAAAGCAGCUAUGGGCAGCAGCCGCCCACUAGUUAUCCCCCCCAAACUGGAUCCUACAGCCAGGCUCCAAGUCAAUAUAGCCAACAGAGCAGCAGCUACGGGCAGCAGAGUUCAUUCCGACAGGACCACCCCAGUAGCAUGGGUGUUUAUGGGCAGGAGUCUGGAGGAUUUUCCGGACCAGGAGAAAACCGGAGCAUGAGUGGCCCUGAUAACCGGGGCAGGGGAAGAGGGGGAUUUGAUCGUGGAGGCAUGAGCAGAGGUGGGCGGGGAGGAGGACGCGGUGGAAUGGGCGCUGGAGAGCGAGGUGGCUUCAAUAAGCCUGGUGGACCCAUGGAUGAAGGACCAGAUCUUGAUCUAGGCCCACCUGUAGAUCCAGAUGAAGAUUCUGACAACAGUGCAAUUUAUGUGCAAGGCUUAAAUGACAAUGUGACUUUAGAUGAUCUGGCUGACUUUUUUAAGCAGUGUGGAGUUGUUAAGAUGAACAAGAGAACCGGACAACCCAUGAUUCAUAUCUACUUGGACAAGGAAACAGGAAAGCCCAAAGGUGACGCUACAGUGUCCUAUGAAGACCCACCAACUGCCAAGGCCGCUGUGGAGUGGUUUGAUGGAAAAGAUUUUCAAGGGAGCAAACUUAAGGUGUCUCUUGCUCGGAAGAAGCCUCCAAUGAACAGCCUGCGGGGUGGCAUGCCGCCCCGUGAGGGCAGAGGGAUGCCGCCGCCCCUCCGUGCAGGUCCAGGGGGCCCAGGAGGUCCUGGGGGCCCCAUGGGUCGCAUGGGAGGCCAUGGAGGAGACAGAGGUGGCUUUCCCCCAAGAGGGCCCCGGGGUUCUCGAGGGAACCCAUCCGGAGGAGGAAAUGUCCAGCACCGAGCUGGAGACUGGCAGUGCCCCAAUCCGGGUUGUGGAAACCAGAACUUUGCCUGGAGAACAGAAUGCAACCAGUGUAAGGCCCCGAAGCCUGAAGGCUUCCUUCCACCACCCUUUCCACCUCCUGGCGGUGACCGUGGCAGAGGUGGCCCUGGUGGAAUGCGGGGCGGAAGAGGCGGCCUCAUGGACCGCGGUGGUCCCGGUGGGAUGUUCAGAGGUGGCCGUGGUGGAGACAGAGGGGGCUUCCGUGGUGGCCGGGGCAUGGACCGAGGCGGUUUUGGUGGAGGAAGACGGGGUGGCCCCGGCGGACCCCCUGGACCUUUGAUGGAACAGAUGGGAGGAAGAAGAGGCGGGCGCGGAGGACCUGGAAAAAUGGAUAAAGGCGAGCACCGUCAGGAACGCAGAGACCGGCCCUACUAGACGCAGAGACCCCGCAGAGCUGCAUUGACUACCAGAUUUA